AUGGCUAGCUAUGAGGCCCGCCGCCUUGAGAAUAUCAAACGUAAUGAAAGUCUCGUGAAGGGACUUGGCUUGCGAAAUGGGCUGCGCGUAGAGUCUAAGGAUCAAUCCCCUCAGCCUGCUGUGGUUAGACAUCCAUCAUCCAAACGUCCAAAGUUAUCGACAUCUCAACCAACUCGCAUUUCAGCACGUAUCGCAAAUGCGACAAACAAACCCAACUACUCCGAAGAUGCGGGAGGCGACCCAUCAUAUACCGGCCGUCAAUCGCGACGUAACGCAUCAACAUCACAGCAACACAAAAAAGAAAAAUUACCACUAUCUCCAAAUCUCGACUUACAGCCUCACAAAGACAUCGAGGCAUUGAAGGCAGGAUGGUCAUCAUGGGUAGCUGUGGCUGAACUGCCCACGCGCGACGACGAAGGCAACUACCACUUCGAGUCACACCCCAUCUUUACACCCAACAAGUCCCCCGAGGCCAUGAUACGCGAGGGCAGCUUUGGGGGCUCGUACUGGCGCCCGUUAUACUCACGCCGCUUGCGCACUACCAUCUCUGACGACUGGCAAGAAUUACCAACGUCAUGGAAAGAUGGUAUCUCUGUGGAGCGGUAUCUCGCUUCUCCCACCUACAACCCAGAGGUCAACAAAUAUGGCGUUGCAUGUGGGCAGAGUAUUGAGGAGUGGGAGGCUGCUGGUUGGAUCGACCACCGAUAUGAUGUGCGCGGCUGGUUCCAGUGGUAUUGUCGCUUCUGGCUGGGCCGGCGGUGCGAAGAUGAUGAACGGCAGAUUAGCAGAUGGAGGAAGUGUGUUGGCGCAACCGGUAGAUGGAGAAGAGCACUUCUCAAGAAGUAUGUUCAAAAUGGUGUUCGGACGGUGACAGAUGAAGAUGACGAGGUUGACGAAAAGAAGGAGGUGAGCCCAGUUGUGCACCAGACGUGCCAUCAUUGGGCAUGGGAAGUGAGACAGGAAGCAUUGGAUCGGUUCUGGAGUGAGGGUACAUAG